UGUAAAUCUGCAUAAAAUAAUAUUUUAAAAGUAUUUUAGAACCAGUUACAACACAGAUAUUGAAAAUGUUAGAAGUAACAUGCAACGAUCGUCUUGGCAAGAAAGUGAGAGUUAAAUGCAAUCCUGACGACACCGUUGGAGAUCUGAAGAAGCUGAUAGCCGCACAGACUGGAACCCGACACGAUAAAAUUGUCUUGAAGAAAUGGUACACAGUAUUCAAAGAUCACAUCAAAUUAUCUGAUUAUGAAAUCCAUGACGGCAUGAAUCUGGAAUUAUAUUAUCAAUAAGAAGAAUACAUUUAUUUUUAAUUUAAGUAAAGAAUUUAUUUAAAA